AUGACCAGCGCCAAGGAGGAUGGGCCCUUGGCGUUGGAGGAUCAGCCGACGCUGGCGCUGGCGCUGCCCGGAAGCAGCGGUCCGCGAGGACCUCCGGUGGUCUAUGGGCCAGCUCGACAAGGUGGAGUACGAGAGAAGGAAGGAAAGGGGAAGGGACUGCAGGGAAAGGUGGUCACCAACCCCUUCUGGAGCGAACGGCUUCAGAACGAGGUCAUGCUCCGGGCUAUGCGGCCGACGGCGCUGCCAGCAGCUGAUCCAGAGACCGGGUACCACGAGGGCGCCUCAACUUCUGGACGGGUGGAGCCUGGAGAAGAAGGACGAGGUGUCUCGGUGGACAUCCAGGAGUUGCUGAAGGCCGUGAUGGCCCAGAAUGCAGCCUUGAAGAAAGAGGUGGCAGAACUUCGAAGAACGGUGGAGGCCAAGCCGGCCAAAGCCAUUGAAGAUCGACCAAAACCACCGACUACUACGCCACCUCCAUCUCCGCCGAAGGCACCGCCUCCAGUGACGCCGGAUCGUGGAAGGAAGAGGGACACCAGUCAGGCAUGGGCCGACGUGGAGAUUCCGGAGUUCCCGGGCGGUGGAACUGGGGCGAAGCAGCAGGCCACUAUGAGGAGAGACGGAGAUCAACGAAGUUCCAACGUACCCGGAGUGCCAGGUUCUUGGGGAGUUCAAGGGUGGGGACUACAACCCGGACACCAACGAGGUGAUGAAGCUGGACAUCAAGAAUCUGGCGAGGGGAUGCGAGAGCUGAUGAGGGGCUCUCCGUUGGAACAGGCAGCGCAAUCGGUGUUGCGGCAACUCGGCACCAGUUCGUCGGAUGGGAACUGGGGGGAGGUGAUUAGGUCCGUGGAGCUGCCACCAUUACAGGACCUUCGAGAAGGAGACCUGGGGUCGUUGAUCUUGGGGGACUGGAUUCAGCUCAUCACUCCAACGAUGAAGGACUUGAGUGCGACGAGCUGGAGGUGGUGGGAAGAGGUGAUGAACCUGGCCAUGAUCGCCUAUAGGGAGUGGCUCCAGGCUGAACCUGUCCAGAGGCUGUAUAUCAGACCUCGGGUGCCCCCGGAAUGUUCUGGAGGUUGGAGUCGACUUGAACAGCGAGGGCAGCUCAUGCUGAUCAACGCAGUUCCACAGAAUAUCAAGGCCGAAGUCCUAGCGAGCCGGACCACGAGCUCGGUGGAGGUGCUGUACGCCCUGUUCCGGCGAUAUCAACCGGGCGGUCUGGCAGAAAGAUCGAGACUGUUGAGGCAGCUGGUUGAACCAAAGGCUCCUCAGACCAUGGAUGAGGUGGUGGAAGCACUUCGAGGUUGGAGGAGAAGCCUGAGACGAGCCCAGGAGCUGGACAUAGCUACGCCCGAUGCCACGUUGUUGCUGGGUGCACUGGAUAAGAUGUCAGAGCUGGUGGCACGGACGUCGAGUCAGGUGGCAUUCAGGAUGUCAUCGACCCGGGCAACCUUGGGAGUCGACGUCACCCCCAACCUGGAGACGGUCCUGAACUUCUCGGACAUGCUCACAGCAGAGGCGGAGUCGCUGGCGAUCAGUGAGCUGAAACCCAUCCAGGAGGUCAAGUCAUCACCACCGACUACGAAGGUCAAGGCGAUGGCCGCAGCACUGGAGGACAAGGGUGAGAAGGGGGCUGGAAAGUCCAAGGGCGAUGGCAAGCCGGAAGAAAGAGUUUGUCGGUUCUGGGGGUCUGAAGAUGGCUGCCGGAAGGGGCAAGAAUGCCGGUUCAAGCAUGAAUGGGGAAGCUUGGAGAAGAAAGGUCGGUGCUUUGGCUGCUCCUCGACAAAACACACCAAGAAGGAGUGCCCUGCGACAAGGGUGAAAGGGGAGGGAGAGAAGCAUGUCAAGACCUUCAAGAAGGAGAAUGACAAGGGCUCGGGAGCUAAGAAGGGGGAGAAGGACAUGGAUGGAGAGUCGCAGCAGAUUUCCCCGGAUCCCGUUGCCGAUGACAAGAAGAUUGAGAAGCCCGCAGCGAGUUCCGGCGAGGUGCAGGCAUUGCUGUCGGAGGCAACGACUCUCUUGAAGAGCUUGAGGCCCGUUGGAGAAGGUCGAGCCGGGGUGAAGGCCAUUAAGCUGAGCAGCCUCGAGGUGAAGACCAACGACAGAGCACUUCUUGACGGAGGAGCCACCCACUGUCUACGCAGAGCGGAGUCGGAAGAGGAGUGGCAGCGGGCUCAGGAGGUCCGAGUGGAGCUCGCGGAAGGAUCAGUCGUCCUUCGUCAGAUCCCUUGGACGAAGACUCUCCUCACCCAAAAUGAGGCGCAGACCAUCGUGCCUUUGGGGGUCCUGAUUUCGCUUGGAUAUGAGGCCUACUGGGAGAAGGACCGGUUCACACUCACUGAUCCGAGCGGGGCCCUCCUGGAUGUUGCUGUGGAAGGUAUGUGUCCCACUGUCGCAGAGGGCCUCGGACGAGAGCUCAUCAUGGAGAUCGAAAGGAGCAUGGUGAGAGAACGAGCGAGGCUGGCGGUGCUGAAGGGAGAGGAAGAGCAGAAGGAGUUGGGGACGGACGAGAUUCACCAUCUUCGUGAACUGCGGGAACUAUUUCCUGAGGUACCUCUUCAGCUGUUGGUGAGGAUCCUGCCGAAGACUGGAUGGACGGGGGAGGCUCUCCCGUGGAACCGACAUGAACGGCGGAGGGUCAGGAAAGCCAGGGAGGUGGUGAUUCACCUUUUCAGUGGAGACACGAAGAAGUAUUGGCAGCGAGAGCUUGAGUCCGAGGGGAGAGCGGUGCUUUGCGUAGACACCGUGAUUGACCCAGGGAUGAACAUUCUCCGGGAUGAUGUCUUCGCCUACCUGUUGGAGAUCGCCGACGGUGGCACUCUUCGAGCUCUACUGGGAGGACCGCCCUGCAGGACGAUGAGCCGGUUGAGAUACCGACAACCGGGGCCUCCACCGCUCCGAGAACGUGAAGGCCCAGGGCGAUUCGGACUGCCCAAUCUGGAUCCAGUCUUGAAGCGGCAGGUGGAGGACGAUACGCUCCUCUGGCUGAGGCAGGUCUACCUUCACCACAGAGCGUCGAGGGCAGCACAACCGAGGACGGUGGUGACAGCUUUGGAACAGCCUGAUGACCCGGAAGCCUAUCUGAGUGACGUCAAGGAGGGCACUGGGGGAGCGGGGAUCUCGGAGAAGGAUGAGAAGUCCGGUGAGGUCCCAUGGGGCACGCCCGGAGGAAACCUACGAGACUGGGCACGAACAUGCCAAAGCUCCUCGAGUUAG